AGUGUUGCACGCCUACCUCCAUGAGCUUCCUGGAAGAACUUAGAAGAAAGAGGAAAUUCUUGAAAACUACAGAAACAAUUGUAACAAAACCUGAUGGUCGCAGAUUUAAAGAAAAUAGCAGCCUCAACGAAACGACCGAAAUAGACCAGAAAACGUACGGUUUUGUCAUUGAUUAUAAGCCUGACAAUAUUCCUUCAAAAAUUACAGACAAUAUAUUUUUGGGUUCACAAGACUGUUGUGAAGAUAAAGUUCUACAUCAACACAGCAUCACUCACGUACUCAGUAUUGGUGUACAAGCUCCAAACCAUUAUCCCGAUGUAGUAUACGAAUUUGUUCCGUGUUUAGACUUACCAGAAACUAACAUUAAAGACAAAUUGGUUAAAGUGUGCAUUCCGUUUUUAUCUAGUGUGACUGAGAAUAACUGCAAAGCUUUAGUUCAUUGCAACGCUGGGAUCUCAAGAUCUGCUACAGUAGUAAUAGGAUUUUUGAUUCUCCAUAAUAACUAUACUUAUGAAGAAGCAUAUGCAUUAGUUAAACAAGCAAGAAGUUGUAUCAAACCUAAUGCAGGCUUUCAAACUCAACUAAAAUAUUUAAAAACCUAACAAUUCUCUGGGGGUAAUGGUAGCAAUUAAAUUAUUUUUCUUACCUUAAAAAUGUUAAUUAGAGCUACAUAGUCCGUCACCGACGAAUUA